AUGACUAGACGAUCAGAGUCCGAGGAGAUCUUCAAGCGCAACAAGGCCGACUCUGGUCACCGCGCCCGGCAGAUGUCAAAAAAAGUCUACCUUCUCACGGGUAGCGCGUCCAGGGUAUCGACGAGGGAGAGAGUCCACCUUCUCACAAGUCGCGCGUCCGGGGUGUCGACGAGGGAGCCCACCUUCUCAUGGGGUGGCACAGCCAGCUCCUUUUUUUCGCCCGGUAUCGCCAAAAAAGUCCACCUUCUCACGGGGUGGCGCGUUCGGGGUGUCGACAAGGGAGUCCACCUUCUCACGGUGUGGCACAGCCAGUUCCUUUCUUUUCGCGCGACAUCGACCAAAAAAAGUCCACCUUCUCACGGGUGGCGCGCCUGGGGUGCCGACGAGGAAGGGAGUUCACCUUCUCACGAGGCGGCACAGCCAGUUCCUUUUUUUUUCGCGGGGAUGGGAUGA